AUGCUAUGUGAUGGCCCCUACAGGCAAGCAGUUUGUGUGUGGUUGGCUUUAAGUAGUCAGUGGUAAGAUUGAAGAUAGCCAAACUAUAGGAUGCUGAGAUUAGUGCUGAUCAUUAAUGGCCUGCUGUUUGUCUUGCAUGUUUUCUCUGAGCUCUGGUGAGUAAAAAUUACUACUUAGAAUGGCCAGGUGAGUGUUAUUGAUGUGCUUAGAUGGCUUUCAGUGGGCAUGGACAAAGUAUUAUUUGAAAUCAGCACUGUUUUCACUAUGUUCUGUCUGUCUGUGAGUCACAUGCUUGUACUAGUGGUAUUUAAGCACUUACUGGCUCACUGGACUGCAGAAUGACCAGGUCAAAGGCUGUGGUUGUAUUAAAUUUCUAGACUCCCUUGAAAUAUAGAAAGAACACGUUUAAAGCUUUUAUCUGGUUUUGCACCAAGCUAAUGCCCAACCUCUGUACUACCAUCUUGAGAUUCUUUACAUUUGGGUGUCCUCUAUACCCGCACAGAGGAAGGAAUGACUUUGAGGAAAUGCUUACUGGAGCACCAUGUAAUCUCUUAGAAGCCUGCAUGGUUGGCUUCUUGUCCCUGACAGUUCCGCAGACCAAAGAAGGCAGUUUCAGCUAUGUCUUUUGUUUAACUUUUUAAAUAUGUGGAGACUUGGACAAGUGUCUGUACAUUCCUGUGUGGAAAAGGCUUAUUCCAGAAAGAUUAGCAACACAUUUUGCUCAUAACUAAAUGUCUUGUUUCUGUUAAUCCUAGCAUCAGCCUCAUUUGGACUGUGACGCCUGUGAUGAUAAGGCAUGAAACAGUUGGCUCCUGGUGCAUGUGGUGCUACUUUUGCAUAUCAAAGAGGGACCUGUCAGCUGAAGUAUGCCUAUGGGAGCCCCUGUUAUGGCAGAAAGCUCCAUAAAUAAACAGCAUGUAGGUGUGUGCUUAUGUAGGAGUGCUCAGAAAAAAAAACCUGUCUGCAGAAGUUACAAUUUUUGCUGUGCAAUUGCAAAGGUGAGCUGAAAGGGAGUGUUUCUGCUUUCUCAGCAUCAGUCAGAGCUGCAAUGACAUCCUCAGGUGUUCUCAUGUUAAGUGCUUCAACAGUAACAAGACAUCGUAGAACCCUUUCCUUCUCGUCAUGGAGGAGCCUUUGCUUAGUGGCUGUGUUUUGUAGAUGUCCUUGACAGCAUUGGUAGAGGUCAGACAUUUUCCUUGUGUGCUAGGGUAAGGUUUUAUUGUUCAGAGGGUACAGGGAAGUUCCCCUUGCUGCUCUUGCACUGUUUAUAGGCUUGGUGUAAAUGGAAGCAGUCCUUCUGGGGCUCAAGCUGACAGCUUUCAUUAAGGUCAGUGCUUUGAGAUGUCUGAAAUCAAGCAACUUAACUUGUGGCAUUGACAUUGGAUGAAGAGCUCUGCUUCCUCAGUCAUGAAGUGCUGGAGUGAAUGGAGUUCCUGGAAACCUCAAAACCUCUGAAAAUCCAUUUAAUUUUGGUACAGAAAGCUCUCAAGUCUGUUUUAUUUGCCUAGAUUUUGCACAAAAUAUGGGACAGAAAAAAGAAUUUCAGCAAGCCUUACAUGGUUGGUGAGUUUACACUAAGGCUUUGAUUUAAUAAAAACAACCAAAUAUAAAGCUCUAUGGAUCUCUGUGUGCACUUGGAACCAGCAGCAUCACAUCUAAUCAACCUUGGUCAGGAAUGAGAUUCUUGAAAACAGCAGAAAUAUUCUAACUGUAGGUCGUAAACACUGCAUGAAGUAACGUUUGUGUCUGUUAGCAUCUUUCCCACAAGGUACCUCCCCACAUAUUUUUACAGUAAAAUAUGAUAAUAGCACAAGACAAAACAUUGGCUUCAGGGCAGUGGCUGCACAAUGAUUGAACUUUGUUUUGAUCUGAGAUUAAGACAGAGAUUCACUUCCAAGCUUUGUGUUUGCUCAUGUGUAAAGCCUAUCCAUACAGCAGAUAAAUGUAGCUUUAAAAAUCCAUAUCCACUUUCCUUUUCAACUUCACAAUAAAUCAUCUUUGAGAACUGAUGGGGUUUUGAAAGUGGAAGAGAUCAGCUGUGUACAAAAUAAUUCAACAUAUCAAGUGUGGGAGGACGUCAAGGCUGUAGCAUUAGUGCUGUUCAGUGAUUCAAUUAGUGUGAAAUGUAUUUGCAAACACUUGCUGCCUUUGAGAGAUGGAUUGAUGGUCCCAGACUUGGGGAGUGAGAUAUGGAGAGUAGUGCUCAUGUAUUUCCAUGCUUAGUAGAUGAGAGGUGAAGUAGUUGCUUUCCUGUAAAAGUGUUUUUUAUAAAUAUCACCCUUGACUUUCAGCUCUAAGCUGGCCUGGCCAGUGAAUGAAAAUGCUUGUAGGUAGCAUGAUGUCUGCAAUUAAGAAGGCAGUGAGAGAGAACUAAAGCAGGAAGACUAGAUAAGGAUGAAAAACUUUUUUUCUUUUCACUGGGGAGAUGUGAGUGGGAGAGCAAACGAUCAGUAAGUGCAUUGUCCAGCUCUGUGUGGACAGGCUCAUGUGUCACAGAGUAAGAGAAUGUUAGGGGUUGGAAGGGACCUCCAGAGAUUAAGUCCCACCUCCUUGACAAAGCAGGACCACCUAGGGCAGGCCACACAGAAAAGCAUCCAGGUGGAUUUUGAAAGUUGCCAAGGAAGAAGACUCCACAAGUUCUGUGGACAGCCUGUUCCAGUGCUCUCUCACACUCAGAGUAACUAAGUGUCUCCUCUUGUUGAAAUGGAACCUUCUGUGUUCUGGUUUGCACCUGUUUCUUGUCCUGUCACUAAGCACUACCGAAAAGAGACCAUCACUUUCGUCUUGACAUCUGCCCCUCAGAUAUUUGUAGAUGUUGACAAGAUCCUCUCUCAGCCUGCUCUUCUCAAGAUUGAACAGCCCCUCAUCUCUCAGUCUCUUUUCGUAGGAGAGAUGUUCCAGUCUCACAGUCAUCCUCGUUGGACUCUGCAGUAGGUCCUCCCCAAAUACAGGAUUCUGCAUGUGUCCUUAUUGAACUUCCUGAGAUUUUCUUUCACUCAGCUCUCCAGCCUGUCCAGAUCUCAUUGGAUGGCAGCACAGCUUGAUGGUCUAUCAGCCACCCCUCCAGUUUUGUGUCAUAAGCAAACUUGAUGAGGGUACACUAAAUCCCCUUGUCCAGGUCAUUGAUGAAGAUAUUGAAUAAAACUGAACCAAUACUGAUCCCUGGAGGACACCACUGGCCACAGGCUUCCAGCUGGACUCUGCUCUGCUGAUCACAACUCUCUGAACUCUGUUGUGCACCCCAGUACCAAUCCAUGGUCCAAUCAUAUAGCUCACUUUUCUUGAGUUUACCUAAGAGGAUAUUAUGGGAGACAGUAUCAGAAGCCUUGCUGAAGUUAAGAUAGGCAAUAUCCACUGCUGUCCUUUCAUCUAUCUAUCUGGUUGUGCCUUUACAGAAGGUGAUCAGAUUAGUCAAGUGAGAUUUCUCCUUAGUGAAUCCAUGCUGGCUACUCUUGGCAACCCUCUUUUCUUUCAUGUGAUUACAGAUAGACUCCAGAAUGAGCUGCUCCAUCAUCUUUCCAGAGGUGGAGUUGAGGCUGUUCUACAGUUGCCUGGGUCUUCUUUGCCCUUGUUGAAGAUUGGAGUGCUAUUGGCCCUCUUCCAGUCCUCAGGCACUUCUCCUAUGUCUCAAUAGUCUUUCAAAAAUAAUGGAGAGUCGUUAUAGGGAUACUAAGGCUGGAAUCCUGAGGAGCUCCUAUGCUGCAAGGGACAUUCGCAUGAUACUGUAUUUCUCAUGUUCUUGGUUGGUGUUGGUAGUGGAGCAAAUCAAAUCUGUUGUCUUAGACCAGGUACUUUUGUGACUUUGCAAAUCCAAGGCUAUGUUGUUUGCAUUCUGGCAGCGGUGCACUUGUUGGCUAGCUUUUUGCUGGAUGGAUGCCAUUCUGCUCCCAGCUGGCUGGUAGACCAGGUGUUGGCUUGUCUAGUUGCAUGUUGUUCUGCAGUGAAGAACAAAGUAAACAGUUUGUCUGGGACUCUGGUACAACUAGUUGUGUCCUGGGGUGAUCUUGAAGAAGAGUGGCUGCAGUAUGUACAGGAACAGUAGAGCUGGAUAAAAAUUAAUAGCCUUCCCCUGCUGUUCUCAUCCUGUCCCCAGGAAAUUCUGUUCUGUGACCAGUUUACCAUGUCUUCAGUAGGUUCCAUGUGAACAGCACUCAAGGCUGGGCUGCAAGCACAAAAGGGCAGGAUGUUGUCAAGGCCGAAGCCUGGGGAGUCUGAAGCGGACCUGCUGCACUUCCAGAACCAGUUCCUGGCAGCCCGAGCUUCACCUGCAGUGAAGCUUGUGAAGAAAGCAGACAAGAGGAAGGGCGAGGAAGGGGACACAGAUGCUGAGAGACCCCCACUGCAGGACAGCAAGGAUGUAGUCAUGUUGGAUGAUUUUCCUGAUACUCUCCCAGCUCUAUCGCCAGCUCCUCCCAAAAAGUCCAAAAGUGCCAGUGUCCACUUUGAGGAUGAAGAUCCAGAGGAAAGGCUAGAGAGUCAUGAUCGACACAUUACAGCAGUCUUCAGCAAAAUUAUUGAGCGAGACACAAGUGCAGUAGCAGUGACCAUGCCAGUGCCCACAGCAGACCCAUUCCCAAGGACAUUUCACCGCUCUGAGAUAAAAAGUGAGGUAAAGGUGUCAUCUGGAAGAAAAAGCAUCUUUGCACAAAAGAUGGCAGCGAGAACUGCCGAAAAGACGGCAGCAGCUCCCUCUGCUGCCGAGUGUGUGCACAUUAGAUCAGCCGCUCCAGGUGCCCUGCGGGGAUCAGCGGCAGAGGUACCCCUCCCUCGCAUCAAGGAUGAUAAAGCUGGUGACAUUUUGACCUCUCAGCGGUCUUGUCUUAUAACGGGAGAGGGUCUUGGAAGCCAAAAGGGCAAUCAGGAAGCUGAAGCUAUUCACAAAGAAAACUUGGAGAAGCUACGGUCCAUGUCUGAGGAAGAAAUCCUGCAGGAGCAGGAAAAGCUGCUGGCUCAGCUGGACUCUGAUUUAGUUGCUUUCUUGAAGUCACGACGUGGUGGCAAUGGAGGCCAGAAAAAGGAAUUAAACCAGCAACGGAACAGACCGGAGGAGUUUGUGGAAUCUCUGCCUGUGGCUCAGCAUGGUGUGAGAUCAUCUCCUUGCAUGCAGGAGUCAGGUUUGGAAGAUUCUCUGAAGAAGGAAGAAAAUAGGAAGGUAGAAAUCACGGAUGACAGUCUGCCUGUGAAGCCCAAGAAGGAAUGGAUUCACAUGGACAACGUGGAGUUUGAGAAGCUGGAAUGGAUGAAAGAUUUGCCAUCACCUCGGCAGAAGAAAACCAAAGAGCGAAUGCAAGCUCGAUUCAGUUUAAAAGGAGAAUUGAUUCCUGCAGAUGCUGAUUUACCAACACAUCUAGGCCUUCAUCACCAUGGAGAAGAGGCAGAGAGGGCUGGUUAUUCUCUCCAAGAGCUCUUUCAUUUGUCUCGCAGCCAAGUUAUUCAACAGAGGACACUGGCUCUCCAGGUCUUAGGUCGUAUUGUUCAAAAGGCCAAGGCUGGAGAAUUUGCUUCCUCCUUAAAGGGCAGCAUUCUUCGUCUGCUGCUUGAUGCUGGGUUUCUCUUCUUGCUGCGCUUCUCGCUGGAUGACACCGUGGAUAACGUCAUGGCAGCGGCUGUUGGUGCUCUCCGGGCUCUGCUGGUGUCACUAGAUGAUGAGAAAUACCUCGACUGGACUUUCUCGUGGUACCAAGGGAUGGCUGCAUUCCCUUUUGUCCCCAACAAUGAGGAGGAAGAAGAGGAGGAAGAGGAAGAAUUAGAUGUAACAGAGAAGUCUCAAGAUAAAAAAUUAAAGGAUGAAAAUAAGCCAGAUCCAGAUGUGGCCCGAUAUGAUGUUGUAAAGGGACUUUUGAAGACACGGAUCCAGCACCGGCUGAGGUACAUCCUGGAGGUGGUACGACCUGUUCCAACAGUAGUCUUGGACAUAUUGCACAUCCUCACCCACAUUGCAAGGCACUCCUCGGAAGCGUGCAGCCAGCUGCUUGACUGUCCUCGGUUGAUUGAGACCAUUGUCAGGGAAUUUCUCCCCACUCAGUGGGACACUCAGGUGGCUGAGCCGGGGUGUCUACGUGCCAGCCUCCAUGGUGUUCCUUCUGCCACUGCUAUGAAGUUCAUCAGAGUGUUGGCGUCUGGAGGCCGAAAUGCAACAGCCAGGCUGCUGAACCAGUUUGAGAUGAAAAGCCGGUUAAGUCGAUUUGUAGCUGAAGACCCACUGGAUCUACUCCUGCCAAGGGAGGAAGCCAUCAGGCUGAGCACUGAAGCCUUCCGGCUGUGGGCUGUGGCUGCUGGCUAUGGGCAGGCCUGUGAUCUCUACAGGGACCUUUACUCUGUGCUGGUGAGGAUACUGCAGUCCCUGCCUGAUUUGCUCAGCUCUUGUAGUGGAAAGAGCUCUGUGAUGGAGUUUUCUGUCCAGCGAGCUGCGGCAGUGGUUACUCUGCUGACCGGUGUGACACAAACAGCAGGCUACACGGCAGAGCUGCAGGCCAAGCUGAACAGUAACAGCUCUGAAGAUGGUGAACAGAUUCCACCUCCUCCAGUAGCAUGGAAUCAAGUGUCAGGCCUACAGCCCUUCCUUGAGACCAGUCUGAAAAAAUUCCUCCAGGAGAUAUCACAGACAGAAACUUGGCACAUUCUCCAGCCUCUGACCACAACCUAUGUGAUUUACUUGGGAGUUUAUUACAGUGCUUGCAGCCAGCAGCCAUCAGUCAAUCCAAUUGACUGCUUAGAGGAACUGGAACGUUUGACAUCUGAGGUGCUGCAGCCGCUUCUCAGCCAGCCAGCCAUACACAACAUGUGGGACCUGCUCAGGCCAUGUUCUGCUUUGUGCAACCCUAUGUUCUGUUCCCCAGCACCAGAAUCCGUUUCCAGCAUUACAUCUCUGAGCUGCAUUGGCGGCAAACCUCCUUUGAGUCUGGUUGGCUCCAAGUCCCCUUUCCCCUUCCUCACUGCUCUCCUAUUUCUCAUCAAUAGCAUCACUCACAUUCACAAGGGCCUGACGUGCAAGUACAGCUCUGUGCUGGGCUCCAGAGGCUUGAAGAAUUAUCUGCAUGAAAGCUGGCAGACCGGACCUCCCUCUGUGACUCCUUCAUCUGCGUGGCUCCUGCGCCAUGAAUAUCAUCUGCAGUACUUUGUGUUAGCGCUGGCUCGGAGAACGGCAGGCACUUGUCCGGAUGACGCCCAGCAUGCCUCCCUCCAUCACUGUGUUGCCAUGGCAUUGCUAAGCCGUCUGUUGCCAGGGAGUGAGCAUCUGGCUUAUGAGGUCCUGCUGGAUCUUGCCUUUAAUCCAGAGUUUCUUCCUGAAGGGAAAGCUGGAGGGCCAGAAGCAGCUGACUUCUCCGACAUCCUGCACCUGGGUACCAGCGCUAAAGUGGCACAGCCUGGCUCUGCAUCAGUGUGUUUUCCCAAGGCUACUCGGGGUGCUCUGCUAAGGGAAUCAUACCAGAGCCUGCCUUCCAUCCGCUCCUGCUACCUCUCUCAUUUCAUCCACUUGCAGCCUGCCCUUGCGCGUUCACAAGCAUCUUACCAAGGACGGAAUUACCUCAUCCAGUCAAUGCUGCUUCCUGAGGUCAGAGGGCCCAUCUUGCCUUCAGACUGGCCAUUCUUUCCACUUAUCAGCCUCUACAACAAAGUGACUAAUGCAGAGACACGUGGAGCUGUACUGAACUCUCUCCCGCUUGAUCUUGUCAACACUGUGACCUGGAAUCUGCAGUGGGUCUUCUUGCUAGAAACCUGGCGUGCUAAAACUCUUCAGAGCAUCCCUACUGCUGCCAAACUGGCACGGCUUAUGUGUGUCUUCCUCACAGGCAGUGACCUCUUUCUAGAAGCUCCAAUCCACCGCUACACAGCUGCCCUUCUCUCUGUCUAUUGCCAGCCCAAGGCAUUGGACUCGCUGAACUUGGAUGCUCCUGUCCCUGGUGUGGCAUCUUUCCAUGAUCUCUACAUUAGUCUCCUGGAGCAGUUUGAAGGUGUCUCCUUUGGAGAUCCACUCUUUGGAGCUUUUGUUCUUCUACCUCUACAGAAGCGUUUCAGUGUUCAUCUGCGACUCUCUCUUUUUGGGGAGCACACAAGUAUCCUGCAGGCACUGGGAGUGCCCCUCCAGCAGUUUCCUGUGCCUCUGGAGCAAUACACUUCCCCUCCUGAGGACAACCUCAACCUUCUGCGACUCUACUUCCGGACACUGGUCACUGGUGCCCUGCGCCACACCUGGUGCCCUGUCCUGUACGUGGUGGCCGUGGCUCAUGUGAACAGCUUUAUUUUCUCCCAGAACAACACAACACAGGAGAUGGAUGCUGCUCGGAAAAGCAUGCUGAGGAAGACGUGGCUGUUGGUGGAUGAGUCCUUGAAAAAGCACCUGCUCCACUACAGACUGCUGAAUGCAGAGAGCCCUUUGGGAUUUGACCUUUAUGAGCAGCUCCCUCCCAUACGACUGAAGUACCUCCAGAUGGUGACACAGAAAGAAAAUGAGGAGAGUUCACCAGCGCUAGUCUCAUAGCAGAACACUUGUCCAGAGAGAUAGCCAAGGUGAAGAAUGGAAGAGCUCAGCUUGUGCUUCACUGAUGGACCUACAUGCACUUCAGCAGUGCCAGCGUCUUAUGUAGACACUCCUGGCAUCUUCACAAAGUGAAGCACUAACAGAAUGCUCCCAGCCCUACAGAACAAUACAUGUCUUCUCAAGACUAUUUCAAUGACACAUCUUCAUAUGACAGUACAUGUAUGUGACCUCCCUAGGAUGACUGCUGGAGCAUUUUCCUCCAUUCUCUUUAAGAUUUUGUGCUGCUCCCCAGAGAAGGUGGGAAUGCGUCUGAAAGACACUGGAUUGUUGAAUAAACUGAAAGAAGUGGAAAAGCUUUUUCAUUCAGGCUGGAGACCAUGGGUUAUCAGCAUGAUGUUUGUCUUUCCCCGGCAUUUUUGGGACUCAGAAUUUUGAAUAGUCCUUUCUCUACACUGUCCCCUGCAAAUAAAAUGCCAAUACAACAGGGAAGAAGCUGAUCCUAAGGGCUUUUUAAAAGUGUGUCUGCAAGCAUUUUCUCCAGGACAGUGUCCUGUGGACCGUUAGUUACACAGACAUCUUGUGUCAGACCUCUAAGAAAUAAUAGUUCCUGUUGCAGUGAUACUGGUCUCUGCCUUUAGCUGUCUUUUGCAUAGUCUCUAAACUGCUUUCUUUUCUCUCUUCAUGUAUAACAAGAUCAAAUUAAUUUCUUUGCAGGGCAGAAUGCUUAUCAGUAACCACUCCCCACUAGAGGGAAAAGAAGUGUCUGCUUAUUUAGCUGCUGUAUGUAUUGGUUGCCCUCUGAGGAUAAUGUAGUUUACGAUUUAAGGUGGAGUUCCUGACUUUAAACCUAAUCUUAAAAAUUCCUCAUUUGAUCUGACCUCUGUAUUGCAGUCUCAGACACACUGGGUACAAGUGCAUUACCCUAAAAGGUUCAUCAGAAGUGCCAAGUCAAGUCCAGAAUUUACCCUGGGUGCGAUCUCGCUGGUUGUUUAAUUUAUAUCCAACAAGUUUUGCAGAACUAUGGUUACUCUGGCAGGCCUCUGUUUGUUCACAUAUCCAAGUUCUCCAAAACUUGUUAAGGUUUGUUGUUCUAUUUUGUUCUUAUGAAUAGAUCCUCUGGAAGUUGUAGGAUGAUGUCUAACCUGAAGGCCUUAGUCCGACACUUUACCUGUCAGGCCAAGCUGGCUUCUCUCCAAAGAAGCCACACCUUUGUUAACCUUGCUCCAGGAAAUGUCCUAGUAAGAAUGUGAAACACUGUCAAUAGGCCAGCCUGUAAUCGCUGAAAGUGUUCCAGACAAGAAACAAAUUCCAGAUAGCAACUUAGGCCUGUGGUGCUGUCAUUGCAUUGGCAGUUUUCUAAGCCUAUUAGUACCCCCUUAGAUUUCCAGAGAAGACACUGUUUCGUUUUUCCCCUCUAAUUUCAGAUAGAACAUGGGCAGAACUGAGGUUUCCUUUUAAUCUUCCUUCUUUUUUCUUUCUUUUUCUCAUAGUGCAGGUUUUGAUCUGUAGUUUCUCUCUGUUGUAGAUCAAUCGCACCGAAAAUAACAAAAGCACAGCGGUCAACAUAAGGGGUUGUUAAUGAUUUAUUUAAAAGUACUUGAUGUGAUUAAAACUUGAAUGAAAGGCAGUAAAGUUUCUUUUCUGUCUAGAGAGCCCAGCAGUUGUCUUUCAAGAGCCAUGGAUGGUAAAAUUUAAGGACUCCUGGCUCCCAGUUGAAGAGCGGCCUUCACCGAGGACUUUGCAUUCUGUUUCUCAGACCCAGCUAUAAAAACUCUUCCAGUCCUUUCUGCAGUACAAAGCUGAGUUUUGUAAUGUGUACAGGGUGUAAAUAAAUAUUUUGAUAGCUCUGCA